ACACUCACACACACGUGCAGAUCCCUGUUCCUCUGGGCUUGUUUUUUCUCUGCAUCGGGAUCUACAGUGGUCGGUGUUCGGGGGCCAUGGGGCUGCUGGGGGUCCGGAGGGGGGCCUCCCUGUGGAGGAUAGCCCUGAUCUGCCUCUCCAUCUGGGGGGCGGAUGCUCAGACUGCAGCGGGAACUAAACCAACGUACAUCUGGCAAACAGGUCCUUGGGGGCGCUGUAUGGGCAGUGAUUGCGGCCCCGGCGGCAGUCAGAGCCGGGCGGUGUGGUGUGCUCACGCUGAAGGCUGGACCACGCUGCACACCAACUGUGACCAGAGCGAGCGACCGGAGAAUCAGCAGAGCUGCUUCAGGGUCUGCGACUGGCACAAAGACCUGUACGACUGGCAGCUGGGGGCAUGGAACCAGUGCGUCCCGGUGUCCAUGCGCAGCGCCGGGGUGCAGCGACCCAUCGUCUGCACCCGGGGCGAGGAGGGCAUCCAGACCCGGGAGGUGGGCUGCGUCCUGAAGGCAGACGGCGAGCCGGCAGAGGACGCGAUCUGUGAAUACUUUGAGCCCAAACCCCGUCUGGAGCAGGCCUGCCUGAUCCCCUGCCCGCGGGACUGUGUGGUGUCAGAGUUCAGCCCAUGGACUCAAUGUUCUAAAUCCUGCGGGAUCGGCCUACAGAACCGGAUCCGCUUUGUUUUAGCUCCACCACUGUUUGGCGGGUCGGCCUGCCCAAACCUGACAGAGUUUCAGACAUGCCAGCCGGGGUUUUGUGAGGGGGAGGAGAGCCUGUACAGCCUCAGGGUCGGACCCUGGGGGCUCUGCUCGGUCCCGGUGUCCAGGCAAGCCAGACAAGCUGAAAAAACCCCAAGAGAGGAAGGGAGCCCAUCCAAGGAAAGUGAAAAAUCAUCUAAAGAGGGGGACAAACCGUCCAGAGAGGGGGACAAACCAUCUAAAGGGGGCGACAAACAGUCCAGAGAGGGAGUCAAAGUGAGCAGUGAGGGGGAGAAACCCAGCAGAGAGGGGGACAAACAGCGCAAAGAGGGAGAGAAAAGGUCCAAGGAUGGAGACAAACUGUCUAAAGAUGGACAGAAACCACCCAGACCCAACAGGAAACUGGGCCGGGCGAACAGGAAACCGGACCGGCCGUCCCGGCAGGCGGACCGACCCAAACGACAGAAAAAGGUGAAAAACAAAGAGAAAAAGGAGAAAAUGCGAGAGAAAGUGCGGGAGAGGUUGAGGGAGAGGGGGAAGGUGAAGGAUCCGGAGACCAGAGAACUCAUCAAGAAGAAGAGGAACAAAAACCGACAGAACCGACCGGGGGGGAAGUUCUGGGAUCUGACGGUCGGAUACCAGACCCGGGAAGUGUCCUGCGUUCACAAGAGCGGGAACGUCGAGGCUCUCAGCCUCUGCUCCCAGGACUCUCUGCCGGUCACCUUCCAGGCCUGCGUGAUGACCAAAGACUGCGACGUCACAGAGUGGUCUGAGUGGUCCGCCUGCUCCAAGGAGUGCUACGACCCUAACGGACCCAUAGGGGAGAGAACCCGGAGUCGCAAAGUGAGCCAGUUCCCCAUCGAUGGAGGAGCCGACUGUCCUGAGCUGCAGGAGAAGGAGCCCUGCACCCCCCAGGGAGAGGGAGUGCCCCCCUGCAUCGUGUACAGCUGGAAGAGCACCGAGUGGACGGAGUGCCGGAUCGACGUUCUGCUCAGUCAGCAGGACCGCCGGCGGGGGAACCAGACCGGACUCUGUGGGGGAGGGAUUCAGACUCGAGAGGCGUACUGUGUGCAGAGCACCACAGAUACCCCCCCCAACCUCGGCGCCAUCAGGAGCAAAGAAGCAUUGCGUCCGAUGGACAGCAACCUGUGCCUGGGAAUCCCCCCCAACACCACCCAGCUGUGCCACAUCAGCUGCCCAGUGGAGUGUGAGGUGUCUGCAUGGAGCGCCUGGGGACCCUGCACCUUCGAGAACUGCCAGGACCAGGCCGCCAAAAAAGGCUUCAAGCUGAGGAAGAGGAGGAUCUCCAACGAGCCGACAGGGGGGACGGGGAACUGCCCUCACCUGGUGGAGGCCAUCCCCUGUGAGGAGCCCAGCUGCUACGACUGGCUGGUGCUGAGGCUGGAGGACUGCACCCCCGACAAUGAGAGGGAGUGUGGACCGGGAACUCAGAUCCCUCAAGUGCAGUGUGUGAACAGUGACGGUGAGUUUGUGGAGAGGCAGCUCUGCAGGGACGCCAUCCUGCCGAUGCCCACCCUCUGCGAGGUGCCCUGCCCGAAGGACUGCGCCCUGAGCCCCUGGACCUCCUGGACCCUCUGCUCCAACACCUGCUCCGGGAAAAACACUGAGGGCAAGCAGACCAGAGCGAGAUCCAUCCUGGCGUACAACGCAGGGGAAGGCGGACUGCAGUGCCCGAACAUCAGCGCCCUGCAGGAGGUGCGGACCUGCAACGAUCACCCCUGCACGGUGUACCACUGGCAGACCGGCCCCUGGGGGCAGUGCAUCGAGGACGCCUCCAUCCCGGCCACCAACGUGUCUGCCGCCCGAACGCGGGGCGACGACGCCUCCUGCUCGGUGGGGAUGCAAACACGCAAAGUCAUCUGUGUCCGGGUCAACGUGGGACAGGUGCCUCCCAAGAAGUGUCCGGAGAGUCUGCGACCCGACACCGUCCGGCCCUGCCUGCUGCCCUGCAAGAGGGACUGCAUCGUGACGCCGUACAGCGACUGGAGCGUCUGCCCGGCGACCUGUCGGACAGGGGGAAACACCAAGAAGAAGCAGUUCAGGAAGCGCAUUGUGAUCCAGUCUCCAGCCAACGGGGGGCAGGACUGUCCUGAGGUCCUAAACCAGGAGAGGGAGUGUGAGUCUCCAUCAGUGUGUCAGGGAUUCAGAUGGAAGAUCCACAAGUGGCGGCGCUGUCAGCUGGUCCCCUGGUCCGUACGGCAGGACAGCGUUGGCGCUCUGGAGACAUGUGGACCGGGGCUGCAGAUCCGAGCGGUGUCAUGCAGGAAGCAGGACGGCGGUCAGGCGGAUGUGGAGGCAUGUCUUCAGUUCUCCAGCUCCAUGCCCCCCCUCACUCAGCUCUGCCAGCUUCCCUGUCAGGAAACCUGUCAGCUCAGCCUCUGGUCCAAGUUCUCCUCCUGCAGCGUGGACUGCGUGGGUGUCCGGACCCGCAAGAGGACGCUGGUCGGAAAGAGUAAGAAGCGGGAUCAGUGUAAGAACAGCCAGGUGUUCCCGCUCAGCGAGACGCAGUACUGCCCCUGCAACAAGUACAACGCCCAGCCGGUGGGCAACUGGUCGGACUGCGUGCUGCCGGAGGGGGGGCGUCUGGAGGGGUCUCUGGGCAUGAAGGUGCAGGGAGACAUCAAGGAGUGCGGGCAGGGAUACCGGUUCCAGGCCAUGGUGUGCUACGACCAGGACAACCGCAUCGUGGAGACGUCGCGCUGCAACAGCCACGGCUACAUCGAGGAGGCGUGCAUCAUCCCGUGUCCGUCAGACUGCAAACUGAGCGAGUGGUCCAACUGGUCUCGCUGCAGUAAGUCCUGCGGCAGCGGGGUCAAGGUCCGGUCCAAGUGGCUCCGAGAGAAACCCUACAACGGGGGGAGACCCUGCCCCAAACUGGACCACGUCAACCAGGCCCAGGUGUACGAGGUGGUGCCGUGCCUCAGUGACUGCGGUCAGUACAUCUGGGUGUCGGAGCCGUGGAGCGUUUGGAAGGUCAGCAACGUGGACUUGAAGGAGAACUGUGGGGAGGGGGUGCAGACCCGCAAAGUCAGGUGCAUGCUGAACACCAUCGACGGGCCCUCGGAGCAGGUGGAGGAUUACCUGUGUGACCCGGAGGAGAUGCCCCAUGGGGCCCGAAACAGCCGGCUGCCCUGCCCUGAAGACUGUGUGCUGUCAGACUGGGGGGUCUGGAGCCCCUGUCCCCUGCCCUGUGGGGGGAACAGUUCCAGAGAGAGGACUGCGUCCCCCCUCCGUCAGCCUGGAGAGGGGAAGCAGUGUCCCCCGUCUGAGGAGACGGAGCUCUGCAAACUCAACAGCAACUGCUUCCACUACUCAUACAACAUCACCGACUGGAGUACCUGUCAGCUCAGUGAGAGAGCGGUCUGUGGAAACGGAAUUAAGACCCGGAUGCUGGACUGUGUUCGCAGUGACGGGAAGUCUGUGGACCUGAAGUUCUGUAAGGAGCUGGGCCUGGACAGGAAGUGGCAGAUGAACGCUUCCUGCGUGGUCGAAUGUCCCGUCAACUGUCAGCUCUCUGAUUGGUCGCCGUGGUCGGAGUGCACCCGCAGCUGUGGACUGGCAGGGAAGCUGUGGCGGAGGAGGACAGUGACGCAGGUUCCCCAGGGUGACGGCCGGCCCUGCCCCCCCCAGAUGGAGCAGUGGAAGCCCUGCCUGGUGAAGCCCUGCUACAGCUGGAGAUACGGAGCCUGGUCCGACUGCAAGUCCGAGGGUGCGCGGUGUGGAGACGGCCUGCGCUUCAGGAACGUGUCGUGCUUCGUGUCGGACGGGUCGGGGCUGCAGGACAGCAGCCUGGUGGAGGACGAGCUGUGCGGAGACCUGGAGCCCUCUGUGGACGGAGACUCCAACAUCGUCCUGCAGGAGUCCUGCACCGUGCCCUGUCCAGGUGAAUGCUACCUGACGGACUGGACCCGGUGGAGCCUGUGUCAGCUGAGCUGUGUGGGGAGGGAUGACCUGGGUUUCGGCUCAGUGCAGGUCCGAUCCCGAGCCGUGGUGGCCCAGGAUCCAGAGAACCUGCUGCAGUGUCCGGAGCAGGAGCUGGAGGCUCGGCCGUGCACAGAGGGUCAGUGUUUGGAGUACAAGUGGAGGACCGGAUCCUGGAGGGCUUCAUCUCGCCAAGUCUGGUGCCAGCGCUCAGACGGACUCAACGUCACAGGUGGAUGCCCGAUGACAACCAUGCCGAUGUCUGACCGAUCCUGCGACCCGCCCUGCAGCAAGCCCCGCUCCCUGUGCACAGAGGCAGGGGUGUGCGGCUGUGAGGAGGGCUACACCGAAGUUAUGACCUCUGAUGGCGUGCUGGAUCAGUGCACGGUCAUCCCAGUGCUGGAGAUUCCCACCGCCGGGGACAACCGGGCCGACGUGAAGACCAUCCGGGGCUUCAACCCAACCCUGCCUGAAGCCAGCUCCCCGGGCAGGGGGGGGCGCACCUGGUUCCUGCAGCCCUUUGGACCAGAUGGGAAGCUGAAGACCUGGGUGUACGGAGUAGCAGCAGGAGCGUUUGUUUUGCUCGUCUUCAUAAUCUCCAUGACGUAUUUAGCAUGCAAAAAGCCAAAGAAGCCUCAGCGGCGUCAGAUGAACAACAGACUGAAGCCUCUGACGCUGGCGUACGACGGAGACGCCGACAUGUAGACGAAUCCCUGCGACCUCAGAGACUCGUCCUGCUGAAGGACACGCUGCAGAAAGCUUAACGUCAGGCCGCCAUCGAGGGUCGCGCCUCGAUUCUGACCGAAGAGGAACCUCAAAGUCCAACAACCAGAAUCCACGCCCAUCAGCCGCCUUGAUGUUCCCGUCCUUUUUUUAGAUUUCCAUUUUGAUACUUUUUAUUUCACAAGAGCCUUCAUGAACUCUUUCUCUUCUUCUGGAAGUUUUUGCCUUUGCUUCUCUGCCAUCAACUACUGCCGGAAACAUCCGCACCACGGUCCUCUGAGAAAAACUCUACAAAGAUUUUGUCCUAAAAGCACAACUUGUUUUGUUUGGGAUGACGUCAUUCCCUGUCUGAUUCAUAUUAUUGUGGCCUGGGUCAUUAUUCCUCUCGUCUGCCUGCCUCCCUCCUAUGUUCCAGGCAUAAUUUUGCACUAUAUUAGUGCAGCAUGAUAUGUACUUACGUCUAGCUUCGCCAUAGCAAACUGCCUCUCUCAAAACAAGAUGGUGUACAGUCUUGUGCUAGAAAUGUAAAUGAGUAGACUUUUUUUGCAAACAACGACGUUUGUUAAUAUUUUUCUUCUAUUACGUGUGAAACAACGGGACUCGAUGUACAUAGAAUUUUUCUCUGGUCUCCACUUUACCUUUCUAGUUUGUACAGCCUAAACUCUGCCUGAGCAUUUAUUCUGACGAUUGUACAACUGUGGCUUCAUCCUCUUUGACUUUUUGUAAAUUAUUAAUAUGACAUACAUAAACCCCUGACAGUGUGAAACCCAUUAGCUGAGAUAUGGAAGCAGAAACAAAGCCUGAUGGAAAUACUUUCAUAUGUGUAAAAGGCUCAGAAAAUAAGAAAUAACAUCAGAAUUCUGGCUGAGAAAAUGUCAGACAAGAAUUAGACACAAUUCUGAUUACUUCUAAAUGUUUACUGUUGCAUGCAUUAUGCAUACAAUGGGGACAUACUGGUCACCCACUACAUGCCCAUACAUCAUGUGCAAAGGAUUGUGGGCCAGUAAAGCCGUGCUGGCUUUGAUUCUGUAAAAUGAGACUGUAUGCAGACGAUGGCAUCUUUGGGGCAUUUGACAUGCAACGUAUUUGUUUUUCUGGCAUAUCUGGUACAUAUCUGGUACAUAUCUGGUACUCUGGUACUCUGGUCAGUAUUUUUCCACAAAAAUGUCUUUCCAUGAACUUAAAAACCAUAAAUAUUUCCUUGGUCUUCAAACUUUGUCUGUGCAUACCAGGAAAACAUGUAACAAUCAGAAGGCCAUAAUUCUGAUUUCAGUACUACAUUUCCUCCAGUGUAGAGGGGUUGUAAAUGACCAAUACAAUUGUAUUAAUAAUGGAAUAAUCCAUAUUGAUGUCUAUCCUCUAUAAUCCAUCAGCUUUUUGUUCACAAAAGUAUAAAUUAUUCAUAUUCUUUUGCAAAAAUCCAUCAAAACUGCAAAAAAUAAUUUACAAAACCGUUUUUUCUUCCUGUUUUGUAACACUGUUUUUCUACUGAUAAACUCAGUUCAGGGGAAUCCUUUGAUUUAUGUAUUUACUGGCAUGUAUUCUGAAGCUCGAAGCCAACAUAGUAUUAUUUAUUAUCCGUCUGAGACGUCGGCUCUUUGCCAGGAACAGUUUGAUAUUCUGUGGUUUGUUUCUUGUAAGUUGAAGGAGUGUUUCAUUUCUAUCUCUUGAAAUAUGAGUUGUAAAUAAAGUGCUAAAAUAUUUCUGUUUUUAUUUAUUCUUCAUGUCCCAUAACGUGUUUCCUUUUUUUACCGCACAUGUUAUGCAAAAUGAAUGUGGGUGUGACGAAGGCGACGUUUAAACUCGUGGAAACAAAGUCGCUCGAGUCCUUUUCCUACCGUUUGUUUUUAUGUAUUUAACUAAUUGCUGAUA